GGCGACUGACAUGGCCGCUUCUGUUUGCGGCCAUCGUCGUUACUUUAGGAUCCUCCUUCCAAUUUGGCUGGAACACCGGUGUCAUCAACUCUCCCGGAAAAGUGAUCCAGGAAUGGUACCGGGAGAUCUAUCGGAAGCGGCAUGGCUACAACUUCUCAGGAGAUCCUAACGUGACAACACUAGCUCCAGGAGACAUAGACAAGAAUAUGCUCGAUGCACUAUGGUCCGUAACAGUGUCGAUGUUUGCUGUAGGCGGAAUGAUCGGUGGCAUAACUACGGGAUUUUGGACGGACAAAUUUGGAAGCAAAAAAACAUUGCUGUCCAUAAAUGCAUUGGCAAUCUUAGGAGGUGCUUUGGAAUUUUCAUCGAGAUACCUCCAUUCUUAUGAAGUUCUUAUCUUUGGAAGGCUGAUCAUUGGAAUAAAUAGUGGCCUCGUUUCCGGAGCCGCGCCACUUUACCUGACAGAGAUUGCUCCCGUGAACCUGCGUGGAGAGCUGGGCAGUUCGCAUCAGUUCGUCGUUACCAUCGCCAUAUUGCUCUCGCAGAUAUUGGGGCUUCCAAUGAUCCUUGGCAAUGCAGAGUACUGGCCGGUUCUCUUUGCCUUGACGAUUGUGCCAGCAGUUGGACAGCUCGUGCUGCUACCCACGUGCCCUGAGAGUCCGCGCUAUCUUCUCCUCACGAGGCAGCAGGCAACUAAAGCACAGAACGUACUAGUGAGGCUGCGUCAGACGGUGAAUGUCCACGGCGAGAUGGAAGAAAUGAAGAGAGAGAACGAUCGACUGCUUGCGAAAGACAAGGUGUCAUUUGUUGAUGUGUUUAAAAAGCGUUACUACAGAAUGCCAAUCAUCAUCACUAUUGUUAUGAUGCUGUCACAGCAACUCUCUGGCAUCAAUGCUGUGUUCUACUAUUCGACGCGCGUGUUUGAAGAAGGGGCGGGAAUAUCGCCUGAAGCAGCAGUCUACGCCACUAUCGGAGUGGGCGUGGCGAACGUUAUCAUGUCUUUGGUGUCAGUGCUUCUCAUCGACAAGCUGGGGCGACGAACCCUGCAUCUCCUGGGCCUCAGCGGGAUGGAGAUAUGUACUAUAGUUCUCACUAUAUCGCUCGUUCUGUUAGGGAAAGGAAUGUCGUGGGCAACGUGGAUAUGCAUAUUGGCUGUCUUCUUCUUUGUCGUUUCCUUCGCUACUGGUCCAGGGUCCAUACCGUGGUUUAUUGCUGGUGAACUGUUCGAUCAGGCUGCGAGACCAAUGGGAAUGACUGUGGGCGUGGUUACGAACUGGGCUGCAAACUUCCUCGUUGGGUUGUGUUUUCCAUUGCUACAAAAUGUGAUCGAUGAAUAUAUCUUUCUGAUAUUCUCAGCAUUUCUGCUCGUCUUCAUAAUUUUCACUUGGCAAUGCGUCCCAGAAACGAAGAAUAGAACAGUUGAAGAUAUUACGGCGAAAUACAGACGGAAAUCAAUUGGCUAAACAGAUGGAAGUUGCCAAGUAGACUUUACACAACAUACAGUGUAGAAUUCUAUGACUAAGUAAGCGAUUAUUGUAUCCCCCGCAAUGAAGUCGGCGGGGAUACUAUGGUUUCAUGUCUGUCCAGCCGCCACCGCCGCCCCCGCCGCAGACACUUUCCCUUCCGCUCU